GCGGCGGACCCACCGCCGGAGAGGGCCAGCCGGAGCCGGGCACCGCGGGUCCCCACCCCCACCCGGCCGGACAGUGCUCGGUGUCCCCGCGCGAGGGGCGGCGGCGGCGGCGGACAGGACCCGACAGGACCGCAGGGUGGUGCCAUCUCCACCGAGGCGCCGGCGCGGCCGCGGGCUCCUCAGAGCCGGGCCCGGGGCCGGUGACAGACGGGCCGAGGAGGGGAGAGAGGCGGCGGCGGCGGCGACACCAUGUCAUCCCCUAGUCCGGGCAAGAGGCGGAUGGACACGGACGUGGUCAAGCUCAUUGAGAGUAAGCACGAGGUCACCAUCCUGGGAGGACUGAAUGAAUUUGUAGUGAAGUUUUAUGGACCACAAGGAACACCGUAUGAAGGUGGAGUGUGGAAAGUCAGAGUGGAUCUUCCUGAUAAAUACCCCUUCAAAUCUCCGUCUAUAGGAUUCAUGAAUAAAAUUUUCCAUCCCAACAUUGAUGAAGCGUCAGGAACUGUGUGUCUAGAUGUAAUUAAUCAAACUUGGACAGCUCUCUAUGAUCUUACCAAUAUCUUCGAGUCCUUCCUUCCCCAGUUGUUGGCCUAUCCUAACCCCAUAGACCCUCUCAAUGGUGACGCCGCAGCCAUGUACCUCCACCGACCAGAAGAAUACAAACAGAAAAUUAAAGAGUACAUCCAGAAGUACGCGACAGAGGAGGCGCUGAAGGAGCAGGAGGAGGGCACUGGCGACAGCUCGUCGGAGAGCUCGAUGUCUGACUUUUCGGAAGACGAGGCCCAGGACAUGGAGUUGUAGUAGAAGAUGCACCUGCUUUUCAGAAAAGACUAUUAUUUCCUAACCAUGAGAAGCAGACUAUAAUAUUCAUAUUUAAACAAAGCAAUUUUUUUUAUUACUAAACAAGGUUUUUAUGAAUAAUAGCAUUGAUAUAUAUAGAUUAUAUAUCACCCUUUAGAUCUUGAUUUAUUGGUCAUUUGUCACCCUGAGGUGCAUAGCAUAUUCCCACAUUCCAUUUUGGUAGCAAUAUGCAGUUGGAAUGCAUGCCUUCAUACAGCCCUGGCCCAGGCCACCAGGCGCUCCUGCGCCACCACCAGAAACGGCCGCUCUGAUAGGUAGGCCUGAGUUGCCACCACCCUUGAUUGAUGGUUCCAAAGAAAACCAACCAACCCAACCCACCAGCUUAUGGACGUGAAGAUAGAAUAGUGCUUUUUCCAAACAAAGAGGAGCCCACUAGGGAGGGGAAAGGCCGCUGCUGCCACCGCCAGCAGCCCCCGAGAGCCGGCCACGCCAGUGCCUGCGCCCUCCCUCCUGGGAGCCGAGGUGGCCCUUCCUGUGCAGCACCAGUGUGUGCAGCAGGGAGCUCAUCGGAGUAUUGAAACGUAAAGCCUUUUUUUUCCCUUCUUUUCUUUUGACUCGGAUUUUUUAAGUACAUUUUAUAUGUAGACGCCUGCCCUUCAAGCUACUGUGCCCUGCAGCAGCCACACGUUUUGCGUUGGAGAACCUCUUGAGUGUUUUCGGCCCUUUUUCUUGGGGGUAGAGCUUUUUUGGAGAGGACAGGACAGGAGGAGAAAAGUGACCGGGAAGAUGCUUCCAUCCACCUGAACCACAGAUCGCAGCCUCAUCCCGUUGGCCGUUGGAGACUGCGCGCUGGGACGAAGAGCUUUCGGUGUGAGGGGCUCGGGGCGGGGCCAGGUGCAAGCCUGCAGCCGGCUUGGUUUGCGACGCCGCCCAGCGCUGUGGCUGUGGGCCCACUUGCCCCCUUUCACGGCUGGUUUCUGUUUCCCCUUCUGCCACUUGCCUGGCAGCAGCCGGGUCACCAUCUGCUUGUGGGAGUGGGAAACGGGUACUUUAGACCCAACACACAUUUUAAAUUGAAAAUGAGUAAUAAUUGGAACAAAUAAAGGUUCUUAGACCCAAAGUGACUCUUCGUGGGAAAAACAAACACAGCUUUAUUGUGAGUGCGACUGGCGAGGGAGGAGGGACUCCCAUCCGAUGGGAUGCGGCGGCAGAACAGGUUUGAAGGGAAGGAGUUGCUCUCCUGUGUGCACGUCAAGAGGAAUCAGACCGCUGGAAAUGCCUGCCAAGCACAUUGUGUCCUCGGCUAACCCUAUGUCUGUGGUUGCCGGCAGAGCCUCUCAGAUACGAACUUGGAGGAGAACCGGAAACGUUCCAGACUGUAGCCUUGUACCUCUGCUGCCACAACCAGUAGGACAGAACCAGCCCAUCCCCAAAGCGUUUCAAGACCGUUUUGAAGUCCCCACGGGGGACCUGUUUGGUGUGGGUUUUAGUUUAGGAGUGCUGUAUUCCCCAAAGUUUGAGUCAAUGAGGUUGGAAGAUAUCCUAUUUCUUUUAAUUUUUGUUUCUUAAAAAAAGCACAAUCAAUCUUUUCUUUGAAAAUCUAUAUAAAGUACAACUUGCUUUUAGCAUGAUUAUUUUCCUAAAUAAAACAUAAUAAUUUACUUACGUUAAUUACGGGCACGAAGCAAAAGGUUUUCUUUAAAAAAAAUUUUCUUUUUAAGUGCAGUUCAGUAGGGCUGUGGUUAGUAACUCUAGUCUUUGUGGCCUGUUGGAAGGGUAGUAUUAACUAUUGGACAUGUAAUGGUGUACUUUCACUCUUAACCUAGCACGUUGUCUUCUCUGCUUUGGGGUAGGGAGGGUCUGCUGGCACUGUCGAACCUGCUUUCCUGCCCACUAGCAGUGUGCUUGUGUGAUAACCUUGACUGUAGGUGCUAUUUAGGGUAGGCUUCGAGUACUGGGUGGUGAUUACAGUUCAGACAAUAAAAAAUUGUAUUUUUUUAAUAUUGCAUAAGCAAUAGUGUUCUAAUUACCGGUCCAAAAACCAUGCCCAGGGAUGAGUGGCUCUUGAGCCGAGGGCAGGGCAGGCAUGGGCGAGUGAGCGGCGACACAGCUCUGCCCCACGACAUCCACCUGCCGGCCUUGAGCACCCAGCACCAGGUUAGCUAAGGGCGCACAAACCCCAGAAGAGUGGGGUGGGGGAGGAGGGUACAGUGGUUAAAGCAGAUCUGAAUGCGGCUACUUUUGGGGAAGUGGGCCAGGGAGUGUGUGUGUGUGUGAGAAAGGUGUGGGGGGCGGGGUUGGUGUGUAUGAGAGCGUGGCCGAGUCUGCUGAAGGUGUGAUUGGGCUCCGGCAUGUGAUAGCCUCUCCUCUGGGAAUCUGCCCUUCCUAGGCACUAAGUCUGCAUGGUUUCGGCUGUGGGGGGUGGCUUUCUCUCUCCACUGGGCACUCGACUCAACCUUCCUCAUGCAGUUAAUGUGGUGACCCCCCCAAACCAUCACAUUUUCGUCACUACUUCCACUGUCAUUUUGCUGCUGUUCUGAAUUGGGUGACCCCUGUGAAAGGGUCGUUUGACCCCCCCAGAGGGGUUGCGAGCUAGAGGAAGGCCUGGCCUGUGAAUCUGAGGACUCGGCACCCAAGAUCCCCCUGGAAAGGCUGCGCCACCUUGGUUGUAAAGGGCUUGGGGUGGGCCCAGCUGCUUUCAGCUGUUCUCGGCCCCUCCUGUGCUCUUAGACCUGGUGGUGGGUGGGUGGGUGCACGCCCUUCUCUGCCCCUGUCCCAGUGACUGAACUCAAACUUCGCCUACGCCUCCGAGCAAGCUGGCCCCAGCAGAGCCGCCGCGAUGGGCUCCUGGCUUGCUCGGGAGGCCCCACCCCUGGUCCUGGCGGUAGCCAACCUAGAAGCUGGCCCCUCGGCUCUUGGGCCUUCACCCUCCUUGAGGUUCCUGUGGGAAGAGCCAGGUGAUUGUCCCCAGAUGCCGGCCCUCCCUCCCAUUCCUGACGGCUUUCUUCAGAAGCUGUUCUAGUUGCCAACGGGCUGUUGUAAGGUCCUAAGGAGCGAAUGCUUCCCCUCCCAGGCAUCGUCCCUCAGGUUCCCCGAAGCCCUCCGUGGCUGUAGACUGGCAUACUUUGUUAAGCCACCUGCCGUGAAGAGGGACCCUAGUGGUGCAGCAGUUAAGCACUUUACCAGGUUCUGCUGCUGCCUCAGGAACACCCUGGGUCAACUCCUGCCUCCGAUUUUUACCAGGCGGAGAGGUGGGCUGAGAGCCACCAUCACUAACUCCCAAACACCUGGGGGGAACUAGGGUUUGAUUUUAAAGGGGCUGAUGACCCUUUGAUGUUAGGAACUCAGAAAAGUGAGAAACCUGCACAAACGGCAGGAAUCUUCCAUCUCAACAUGCGCAGCCUUGUUGACUGAAACCAAAUCAUUUGGGGCCAAGAACGACACUUCUGGGGUCCGACUUCCGAAACACCUCUCCGACUGACGACCUGAGGGAUGGGGGCCCGUGGAGGAAGGAGCGAGCUAACAGCCCCUCAGGUGUGUAGGGAGGGUCUCCACUUACCUGCGGCAGGGCCACGCCCCUGCAACAACAACUCUGCUGUGGGCUUGGGAGGGAAUGGGCACGUUGCUGGUGGCAUUUGGUACUUUGUUGGUACUUGAAGUGAUAGGCGGGGUUUCUAAGCCCUCCAUUGACACCUAAGCUUUUGACCGCCUUUCCCCUGCACCUCGCAUUGUGAUGACCCUGGUGGGCACCUCUGCCAACAGGACAAAUGCCGCCUCUGGCUAGAACCUCUUCAUAAUUGUGUACAAAGAAAACUGUAAACUUUUUAUAAAAAAUAAAAUGUGUAUCUACCUUGG